CAGAAUCUAAUUUUAGAACAAAGCACACAUUCUGGCAUUUCAAGGAGUCUGCCUCUCAAUGUCGGCAUGGCCAAAAAGCUAGAGGCGUUACUAGGAGAUCAUGUCCUCCGACAGAAUGGGGACACCCUGGAGCAGGUGCCUGUGGGGACAAUGUGUGGGGAGGGGCGAGUGGUGGGACUCUACUUCUCGGCCCAUUGGUGUCCGCCGUGUCGAAACUUCACGCCGUUAUUGAUCGAUUUAUACAAAAACGUGAAAAAAUCUGGCGACAAUUUAGAGAUUGUUUUUGUGAGCUGGGACAGGGAUGAAGCGAGUUUUAAGGAAUAUUUUUCAUCCAUGCCCUGGACAGCUGUGCCAUUUGAUCCUAAGAAAAAGGCAAGAUUGACCAAAAAAUUCCGAGUACAGGGAAUUCCCAAAUUUGUGUUAAUUGACGGAGAGACAGGUAAAGUGAUUACGUGUGAAGGCUAUUCCUGUGUAAUUAAUGAUAAGGAGGGAUGUGAGUUUCCAUGGAGACCAAAAAAAUUCCAUGAAGUUAUUCAGGGGAAGUUACUAUGUAGUGAUAGAAAAGAAGUUGAUGCUUUGGAAAAUCUGAAAGGAAAAACCAUGUGCCUCUAUUUCUCAGCACAUUGGUGUCCCCCCUGUCGUGCCUUCACCCCGAUCUUGGUCAAGCUCUAUAAGAAGUUACGAGAGGACAAGAAGAAUGUGGAGAUUAUCUUCCUGUCAUCUGACCGAUCCCAGGAAUCAUUUGACCAGUAUUUCGACACCAUGCCAUGGCUGGCCGUACCAUUUGGAGAUUCCAGAAUUGAACAAAUGAAAAAUUUAUUUGCCGUAGAUGGUAUACCUAUGCUGGUUGUACUGGAUGAUAAAGGAGAAGUCAUUACAAUAAAUGGUAGGGGAGCAGUCAUGAUAGACGAAGAAGGUCUGGAGUUUCCAUGGCACCCCAAACCUGUGAAUGAACUUACUGGGAAUGUGGCCAUCCAGCUGAAUGAAUCUGCUUGUCUGGUUCUCUUCACAGAGGGUGAAGAUGAAGACAUUGAGUGGGCCACAGAAGUCCUUACAGAGGCCGCCACUAUAGAACACAACAAAGGGGAGGAUCAAGAACUUUUCUUCUUCUUUGGUGGAGAUGAUGAAAUCUGUGACUCUGUUAGAAGUUUUGCUAAGCUGCCAGAUCCCUGCCCUCUGUUGGUUAUUCUAGACUUCCCAGAACAGAAAGUUUACAAGUGUGCAGAAAAAACAAUCACCAGUGAUGUUGUCAAAGACUUUGUCAGGGGGUACUUUAGUGAAACACUGGAACCUAUACUACUUAGAGGGCCAGAAUAGAAACAGGAAGUCUGAUGCUCAGAGGCCCAGAAAGUCAUUUUGAAUCUAAAUCAUUUAAUACUACUAUUGUAUAGAGAAAAAAAGUAAUCUAUUCAAAUAGAGAAUGAUAGGGUCUGAAGGGGGGAUAAUCCCUAGUCUUCUCGUUUUCUCCUUCAGUAUUUGAGUAUGUGUUACAUUUGAUAUCUGUGUUACAUUUGAUAUCUGUGUUACGUAAAUCAUGUAUUUUGUCUUACAUGUAUGUUCAUUUAAUGAACUUAUUCCACUAAAAGAGGAAAUACUGUAAACAAACUAUUAUUUGCGUCAAUUUUUAUUCGCGCUUCGUCAGUUUGAAAACAAUCUGCGACAAUUAGUUAUUCUGACUGAGGAAACAUUCUCUACAAAUACAAAGCAAAAUAAAUGGUUCGCGGCGAUCAAUGUUCACCAGUUAAAGUAGGUCACGAAACUCUUACAAGCUAAUAAAAGCUGGUUUACAGUAUUAUGGUAAAGCUAUUAUUUGUGUCACUGUUGACUGUUAAAUGUUUAGUAUGUAAAACUUAAGUAGGCGUGGUUCUCUUCAAGUUUUUUAAUUUCCUUUUUUUUUUACUUUCCUACAAAGCAUUUAUAAGGUUGAUUUUUGGUACAGUACUUAUCUAAAGACUUAACAGGCUUAAUACAUAAAUGUCAUUCAUGUACUAUAAAAUACUAUAAAAUAUGAAGAUGAUGCAUUUUAUGUACUAUCUAGUACAAUCAUGAAUUAGUAUUUUCAUUUAAUAUGAAAUGUAUAUUGGUUUUGGAAAUAAAAUAUUUUAUGUUCAUAAGUCCACACACCAAAAAAUGAAUUGGUAUAUACUAGGUAGAGAACUAUUACUCCUUAUAUAUUACACAGUGUUUGAUAUAGAAAUAACAUUUUGCAUUCAUGUACAUUUAUUUGUUUUUAUUUGUUUGCUGCCACUGGUAAUAAUGUCAUAUUUUAUUGUUGAUAUUAGAGUGAAAUACCAUAUAAUGGUUACAAUACAUCAGACCUGUGUUGUUACAUGCAGUCAUAUGUGUAUCACUAUACAUAUUGUAUUCCUAUACAUAUGUGUAUUCCUAUACAUACAUGUAUUCCUAUACAUACAUGUCAUGAAGUUUAGAUGAGAAGGUUAUAGCCACUACAUUGGAAAUUUUCAUGGACAUUCUAUUGUGAAUUCAUUCUUUUUUUAUUUUGGGUAUGAUUUUAAUGAAAUAUUCACUGAGCUUGUUAAGACAAUAGGCACAUUGGCUUAAAUUUAGCACAAACAUGCUAAAUUCAUAGGCUUUAGUCCAUUCUUUAUAUUUAUUCAAAAUUUUUAGAAUCUCAUUUUGUGUUAAGCAUUCAUGCUGGUGAAAUUUUUGUAUCUUAACUUUAGAAACUGCAUUUGUAUCCCGAAUGUGUCCCUACAUUUGUAUUCCACAUACAGUAAAACUUGUCUAAUCCGGCCACCCUUGGUUCCAGGGAAAUUGGCCAGAUUAGACAACAUUCCGGAUUAGACAUCAUUUUGAACAAUUAAAAUAGCUGAAAGGGACUUGAAAGUUACAUCAUACUAGACAAGAUUUCGGAAUACACAAAAUACGGAUUAGACAAGUUUGACUGUACUAAGAAAUGAUAUUUUUUUAAAGUAUAUAUUUGAUAACUUAUGUUCAAUAAAGGAAAUAUAACUGAAUUCUACUAAGGAAUUGGACCUCCCUCAAAUUUAACACAAGCAAUAUUGCAAAUAUUUUAUAGUAACAUUAUUUUUGACAAUCAUAUGCAUUUAGAAAGCAAGAUUUUCAUGCUAUUCUGAUUUUAAAAAUGUAAUUCUUCAGAUAUUUUAAAGCACAUAUCAUGAGUAUAAUUAAUUAUGUAAAGAAAUUACGCAAUUUUUUAAUGGAUCUAUGAUCUGUGUCAUUUGUAUGUUUAGACUGUUUAAAAAAGUUACUCUUUGUAGUUUUGCAAUUAUGAGCUUCUUGCUAUAGCUUGCAUUGCUCUGUUUAUUAUUAUUUCAUUUUCUGCUUGAUGCUGAAAUGAAAAAACUGUCAAAUCUUAGUGUGUCAAUAGAUGACUUUUUUAGUCUAAGGCUAGCUUUAGUUCAGCAUUUCCAAAUUCUAUGAAUUGUUCAGAUGUGUCAAUGUGGCUCUUUGCUGUUGUCUGUAUUAAAUGAUUUGUGAAUUAGUAACUAUAGAGCAUUGUAUUCGUUUGGUCAGUAUUCAUCUAAGAUGAAAAAUUAUUUAAUAAAGAGUCAUGGAGUUACAUU